AUGCGCCGCUCGCCGAGACUUCGCGCCUUCCUCAAGAGCUUUCCUGCUGCCACCACCGCAAUUCUGCCGCAGACGUCGGAUUCAAGUGAGGCUAAGGAGGGCGAACGGCCACCCAGUCCGGACGCAACGCUCAUCGGACAUGCGUCUUCUUCACACCACGGCCACGGCACGCUCAAGGAGAGAGUAAACGCAUACGUAACAAGUAGAUCUCUUCAAACAUCUCCCUCCGGCUUAGCUUUACCCACCUAUGUCCGCAUUCUCAGCCUCUCCAUUGGCCAUAGCUACACAACCCAUAUCCAAGCCACCGAACUCGCAGACAUUCUUUCCCUAUUUCCCUUUCUUUACGAGCUUCGCCUCUCUAUCGAGGGCAACCCACCCGCCUUGCCGGCUCGCGCUCUCCAGCAACUCGAGCCCAACCCAUCUGGUGGCGGAACACCACCGAUAGAGGCCCUUCGGAUCACAUUAGGUCCAUCACUGGAGAAUCCAGAGAUUCUCUAUCAACUCUUGUCUGUCCCUUGGCCUAUCAAGUUUCUCAGUAUCACCCAGCCGAACCGCUUGCCUGUUCUCCCUGGACAAAGACAUGAUGACCCAAAGAGCAUCAUCUCGAAACAAGUGCUCGAUACGCUUGCGCCACCGACCUAUAAGCUGCUCGAAUAUCGAACAGACGCCUUUCCGGGAUGGCAGGCCCUCUUCGAAUGGGUCACACUCUUUGCAGUUCAGACGAUUAAUACUCUUGUCGUGCCGCCAUGCCCACAGAGCGAGACUCUUAGACUACUCGCCCCACAGCUCCAAAGCCUCAGCUUGAUUUACGAACCCGGAGUAACCCAAGAGGCUUUUGAAGGAAUGGAAGAUUUUCCAAAGAUGCCAGAGCUUCUUGAACUCAAUUUGGUCAACGCUACUCUUCAAAAGGGAUCGCGAAUUUAUCAGAGCAUCCCCAUGAGUGUCGAGUCCUUUAGCAUGACACUUUCUGCGCGUGGGAGGAACAAUAUCCGAACGAUCCUUGAGAUUUGUCCUACCAUUCCGAUGCGUAUGGAAAAAGUCACCGUCUGGGCUGAGCCACCGAACCUCGCAUCCGUGCGUGGUACCGGCCACCGAGGUCUGAUGAGUGGCUGGGAGUCAAUGGUGGGAGAGUACCGUAGCAUGGAUGGGCGACUAGAAGUGAAGAAGAAGAUUGACGAUCUUCCUUCCAUGAUCCCAUUCACUUCGAUUCACACGAGUCGGUACGACCCGUGGGUGAGCAAGCGCUACAUGGACCGCGCGGUAAAGGACCGCCCACUCCCUGCCCCUCGGACACCGCCCGCGUCGGCACCCCAACUCCUCCGUAUGCUCUUUCCUUGUUUAUUCCCCUCCCUUGCUUCCUAUUCAUAA